GGUUGACCGCAAAGAUUGCUACUUUAGUAAUGAAUUAUCACUAUUCCUCACCGGAAGGCCUAUUCCUCAAGAAAUCAUUGAUUUACCACAAGAGGUGCUCAAUACACCUAUUGGCCAAACGUUGAAAUUGUAUUUGAAUUCAUUGAGUAUAAGACCCGAAGGAAGUGGCGUUUCGUUUAGCGGUAACGUCGAUAACAGCGGCCGAAGACAAAUCCUAUCACCACUCGCCGAUCAACACAAUAAUCACUCAAACGCUUCCAGAGAGCAAUCACCCAUUGAAAGUAUACCUCAAAGUCGUCAGCCAUCGAUAGCUUCCGCACCACAAACCCAACAAAACAGACAAAUUGUUUCCUUAAGUGACCUAAAGAUGGCCGACAACGACACUGAUGUGAACGCCGGCGAAACCAACGACACGAAUGAGACUAAAGAACUUAAAGACGAUUUUGAGACGAAGUCAAUCCGUCGGUCCUAUAAAUACGACGACCCGCCAGUUGUCUACAAAGAUGUCGACGGCGUCGCAGCCAUUAAGAAAUUGCGAGAUUUUAUGUCUGAUCUGAUAAGUGCUGAACAACACACGUAUUUGAACGAAUUGGGCGAAUAUCUAGUGUCAGAGAGCGGCGCGUGGGCUCUCGGCGAAGAGCACUUGGAGUUCAUUUCCCUAUUGCUUAGUGGUGGCGACGGGAAGUUUGCGCCCAAUGUUCCCCUUUUGGUUCUGGAAGUACUAAAAGCGUGCGCUCUUAAGGACGACAUUGUGCUGGUCCUCCAUCAGGACCGCAAAGAGCACCGAAUCAUGAGUUAUAUUAACAAAAUAGAGUCAUUGACUUUAGCAGAACAGGAGGAGACCGCGAAGUUAUUGUGCAAUCUUUGCGGUCAACCGACAACUUUUGAUUGGCUCUUAUAUAUCAGCGAAUGGACUGAAUCUGACGGCCAGUCGUUUAGCAAUAGUAAGGCCACGACCAGAGCGGCCGUCCAUACGGUGUUGAAUGAAAAGUUGACGACUUUGCAGAAGACUGGCGUCUGUUUGAUCUACAAUUUGGCGCUCAAAGAGCUUUUCGACGACGUGGCCACAGAACUGGCCACUGCUGUCCUUCAGUUCCUUCACGGAGACCUUCCUGAAGACCAAGCGUAUAUGUGUUUGUUAUCGAUUCAACGGUUUAUGGCCAUCAGUUAUAACGACGUGCCAGCGCUGGUCAAAAUGCUGGGCCCAGACCUCAACAAAUUCAAGGGUUUGUCCGAAAGAGUCGAUAAAUUAGUAGAAGAAGUGAACGCGAAAUUAGCAACACUUCCAAACCUUCAAACCGAUUGAUUUCUUUCACAAACUUAAUUAAAACUCAUUAUAAGUUAUGUUACGUUAUUUCAUAUGCCUUUUGAAAACGAGUUCAACAAAAAUUACAAUCUAUUUGCGAGAAAUUGGUUUUAAUUUUCUAUUUCAUGG